GGGCCGAGGCGACAUGGCCGGGGCCGGGCGCUGGGCCCCGCUGCUGCUGUGCCUGCUGCAGGCGGCGCCAGGGAGGCCCCGUCUGGCCCUUCCCCAGAACGUGACGCUGCUCUCCCAGAACUUCAGCUUGUACCUGACAUGGCUCCCAGGGCCUGGCAACCCCCAGAACGUGACCUAUUUUGUGGCCUAUCAAAGCUCUUCCACCCCCAAACGGUGGCGGAAAGUGGAAAGGUGUGCAGGAACCAAGGAGCUGGUGUGUUCCCUGAUGUGCCUGGAGAAGCAGGACCUGUACAACAAGCUCAAGGCACGUGUACGGGCGGCUUCUCCCAGCUCCAGGUCCCGCUGGGUGGAAUCCAAGUACCUGGAUUACCUUUUUGAAGUGGAGCCAGCCCCACCCGUCCUGGUGUUCACCCUGACGGAGGAGAUCCUGAGUGCCAGUGCCACAUACCAGCUGCCACCCUGCACACCGCCACUGGAUCUGAAGUAUGAGGUGGAAUUCUGGAAGGAGGGGACCAGAAACAAGACCCUAUUUCCAGCCACUCCCCAUGGCGAGCCAGUCCAGAUCCCCCUCCAGCCAGGCACCAGUGGACGCCACUGCCUCAGCGCCAGAACCAUCUACAUCUUCACUGUUCCCAGAUACAGCGAGUUCUCCAAGCCCACCUGCUUCUUUCUGGAGGCCCCAGGAGCCAACUGGGCAUUCCUGGUGCUGCCGUCACUUCUGCUGCUGCUGUUAGUAAUUGUCACAGGGGGUGUGAUCUGGAAGAGCCUCAUCGGGAACCCCUGGUUUCAGCAGGCAAAGACACCACAAGCCCUGAACUUUUCUGGACACAGACCCACCGUGGCAACCUUUCAGCCCAGUGGACCGGAGUCCCCAGAUGACUUGUUCCUGUGUCCCCAAAAGGAACUGACCAGAAGGGUCCGGCUGACCCCUGGAGUCAGGGCCCCAGCCACCCCACAGGCAGGAGUGGAAAGGGACAGAGCUGAGGACGAGGAGGAUGAGGAGACAGACAGCAUCAGCUUCCAGCCCUACAUUGAACCACACACCUUCCUGGGACAAGAGCGCCGGGUUCCAGGGCACUGUGAGGCCGAGGGGGUGGACUCAGUGGGGCCCUGGACUCCCCUGGUCCAGCUUGAAGGCUCCUCUGCUUGGGAUUCCUCAGACAGAAGCUGGGCCAGCACUGUGGACUGCUCCCCCUGGGACGAGGCUGGGUCCUCUGGUUAUUGGGCCAAGAGGGCACCAGGCCAAGGGCCAGGUGGGGACAGGCAUCAGGAGCCUCUCCUCCUACCUGAACUCUCCGAGGACUCAGGUUCCCUUGAAAAGCACCUGGAAGAUGACUUCUCCUUUGGGACCACCUGGGGCUCUUCAUCCCCAGAGCUGAAUCUCUUCCCUGGGGAGCCCCCAGUUUCUCUUCAGACACUGACCUUUGGCUGGGACAUCAGCCCAGAGGAGGAGGAGGACGAAGAGCGUGGGAGAGAAUCAGAAACUGAGGACAGUGGCACUGGCAGCUGGGAGGCUGAGGGCACCUACAGGACCGAGGUCGGGGGCAGGAUGCUGGGGCAUUACAUGGCCAGGUGAGCUGUCCCCGGCUUUCCACCGAAUCUGGUGCUGCUGCCACAGCUACUGGGCUUCCCGAGGACCCAAGACACCACCGAGACUUAGAGCCUAUGACCCUCACUGCAGCGGUGGCCGGUCCUUGUGGCACUUCGGGGAGCGCCACCUGGAGGCUGUUUGUCGGUGGGUUGGGCAGCAAGACGCCAACCUUCCCACAGCCCACCCGCUUCAGGCUGAGCUGCAAGAUGGGCCCCCUGGGUGAGCUCCAUAAAGAAAAAUCCAGCUGGCUGAGGGGUGUUGGAGGGGAAGGGAAAUGGCAGUCACCAUCCAAAUCCGUGGAGUCGUGGCUCUGCACAGGUUUUAAUAUCGGACAGACCCGAGUUCACCUCCCGGCUCUGCCUGUUACCAGGUGUGUGCCUAUGGGUAAGCUACUUUCCUUCUCUGUACCUCAGUUUCCUCACUCGCAGCUACACCUGGGGUGUAGUGAGGGAUCAGGAAGGUCUCAGAGGUGUCAUUGAUACUCUCCGUGUGCUGGCCGGCACGACUGCCCAUCUGCCCAGGCUCCGAGGAGACCCCGAGGCAUCUCCCACCUGUGACCCCUAAACCCAGAGCGACUGGGAGCACUCACCUUUCAGCCUGUCUCCCCUCUAGUCUACCCCCUUCCCUUCCACCCUCACUGUCCCGCACCUCCUGGUCAGGAGCCUGAGCUCUCAGAAGCCAGAGCCCCAACCAAGGGGGACCCUGGUCCCUCUCCCUUUUCUCAGUGAUGGGAACUCUGCUUCCCAAGGAAAGAACCAACUGGUCCACCUUGUAGGAGUCCAGUAUGUUGAGGAGGGAGAGGAACAUGGCAGCGACUGGACUUCUCGGACUGUAAUCCCUGUUUUGGACAGCACUUUAGACCCUUCGGUUGACUAUUUUGACCUUAAAGAAGUCCCAUUUUCCCUUCCAGUUAUGAGAAACUAAUGUCUUCUGGAAACAGGUGACUGUCCUUACCUGGGGGUAGUGACAUGUCCUCAGUUAACCUAUACCCACCUGUAUAAGGACGAGCAUAGCUGAGUUUUCACCCAUAGGACCUAGAUUUUUGUCUUUUGUGGCCGGGGAGCUGAACCAUCUUGUGACCUGGGCCCUGCCAUUUAACCUGCCAGAACUUCUGUUUCCUCAUUUGUGAAGAAAGCAUCUUCGCUGCCAUUUUACCCACAGAGCUGUGGUGUUUUGAGGCCAACGUGAGGGUAUAGCA